CCUACUACCAGACACCGUGGUGAUAUGGCGCGCGUGCGGAUCCCAGUCUCCAGACAGUCCUGAUUCCUUCACUCACUAAUCAGGGAUCUUCCUGAUUACUUUAGCCCGAGCCCAGUCUCACGUGCUGUCCGGUCUAAGGUCUACACCCCGGCUGGGUUAUAAAACUCGGCGGCGAUCCGCUUCUACUUCCUGGUCCAGAGCCGCUGUCUCAGCACCGGUCAUAUGACAGGCAGAGACCACUGCUGCAGGACCAGGACCAGGAACAGGACCAGGACCAGGACCAGGACUCUUUCUACACCGGCUGUCUGUAUUUGGACCCGCAGGAACCAUGUCUGUGGUGAAGCUGGAGGAGUAUCGGGAGCGGAUCCGUAAAGAACUGGACAACGUAGUGGACUUCUGGCUCAAAUACUCUCAUGACACCAUACACGGAGGUUUCUUUACUUGUAUCGGGCGGGAUGGGACGGUUUAUGAUGAGUUGAAGUACGUCUGGCUGCAGGGUAGACAGGUAAGUCUCCGAGGAGCGUUCCUGAGGAAGUUCGCCCGAGUCUCCAGCGGCGAGUGGAAAUGUGCCUUCUGCCUAACACGAGAUGGCAAACCAGUCAAAGUCCAGAGGACCAUAUUCAGCGAGUGUUUCUACAUCAUGGCCGUGGAUGAACUGAGCCGGGUUCUUGGUGACAAGGACAUGCAGCUGGAGGCCGAGCAGAUGAUGGAGCAGCUGAUCUACUGGGUGAAGGAGGACUCGUCAGGCCUGGGCAGGCCCCAGCUUCCUGGAGACGUUCCCACCAACAGCAUGGCCGUUCCCAUGAUGCUGCUGUGUCUGGUGCAGCAGCUGACUGACGGACGGGGUCAGGAGGUGGUUCACAAGUACAGAGAGCUGGCCAGCUGGUGCGUGCAGCAGAUUCUACAACACGUCCAGAGAGACGGCACGGCCAUUUUGGAGAAUGUGUCUCCAGAGGGAGCAGAGCUGCCGGGUUGCCAGGGCCGACUGCAGAACCCAGGGCACGCCCUGGAGGCCGGCUGGUUUUUGCUCCAGGUCAGUGCGGAGCAGGGGGACGCAGAGCUCCAGCAGACGGCCAUCAACAAGUUUGUGGAGCUGCCGUAUCAGAAGGGCUGGGACAAAGAGCACGGCGGGCUCUUCUACUUCCUGGAUGUGGACGGUCACUGCCCCACACAGCUGGAGUGGAGUAUGAAGCUGUGGUGGCCCCACUGUGAGGCGCUCAUCGCCUUCCUGAUGGCCUACAGUCAGACCCAGAAGCCCCAGCUGCUGGAGACCUUCUCUCAGGUGUAUGAGUACACCUUUAACCACUUUCCUGACACUAAGAACGGCGAGUGGUUUGGCUAUUUGACACAAGAAGGGAAAGUGACGCUGGAUUUUAAAGGAGGCCCCUUUAAAGGGUUCUUCCACGUGCCUCGCUGCCUGUUCAUGUGUGAGCGUAUCCUUGACGAUCUGCUGGCCAACUCCAAGGACUGAGCAUGAAUGCUGACUUGAUAGGAGUAAAUCUGAUUUGUCUGUUUACUAAAACUACAACAAUCCUGUUAUAAAACAAGUUACACUGAUUUUCAAA